ACACACAGCAAAUUCCUCGCGUUCACUUCGCACGCCACCAUCAUCACGCGGAUGCCUCCUUUCCCCGCCCGCCGCACGCCCCAACAUCCUCGCGAUCCCCACACCAGCAAAUUCCCAACACUGCCACCCCCGCCCGCUCCCCCUUCCUCCUCCUCGCCCGCUUCCCCUCCUCCCGCCUAGGGUAAUAGGGUUCCGCGCUCCAGAGGGGAGGAGGGAUGGAGGGGUGGGCCUCCGCGGCGGCGGCCGCCGCGCUGGGGUCCGCCGCGGCGGCGACGGUGGUGACGCUGCGGCUCGUCCACCGACACCUCCUCCACUACGCCGAGCCCACGCAUCAGCGCUUCAUCGUCCGCAUCAUCCUCAUGGUCCCGGUAUAUGCAGUGAUGUCAUUUCUUUCCCUUGCCUUACCGAAUAACGCAAUCUACUUCAAUUCUAUUCGAGAAAUCUAUGAUGCUUGGGUCAUCUACAAUUUCUUUUCACUUUGCUUGGCGUGGGUGGGAGGUCCUGGUCAUGUGGUGGUAAGUUUGAGUGGCCGAUCUCUGAAACCCUCAUGGUUCCUGAUGACUUGCUGCUUACCAGCUAUUCCUCUAGAUGGGCGUUUUAUACGGAGAUGCAAACAAGGCUGUCUGCAGUUUGUGAUCUUGAAACCAAUACUGGUUGUUAUUACCUUCAUACUUUAUGCAAAAGGAAAAUAUGAAGAUGGAAAUUUCAGUGUCAACCGAUCUUAUCUAUACAUAACUAUCAUCUAUACAAUCUCAUACUCUAUGGCACUGUUUGCUCUUGCACUGUUCUAUGCGGCAUGCAGAGAUCUACUUCAGCAAUAUAACCCUGUCCCAAAAUUCAUCAUGAUCAAAUCAGUUGUGUUUCUCACGUAUUGGCAGGGUGUGCUUGUUUUCCUUGCUGCAAAAUCCGGAUUCAUAAAAAAUGCUGAAAAAGCUGCUUAUCUCCAAAACUUUGUGCUAUGUGUUGAGAUGCUCAUAGCAGCCAUUGGGCACCGAUUUUCCUUCUCCUAUAAGGAGUAUGCUGGUUCCAAUGCCCGUCCUUUUGGUGGUUUCAGAGGAAGCCUUCUUCAUGCUCUGAAAUUCAAUGACUUCUAUCAUGACACUGUUCACCAGUUUGCACCUACAUAUCAUGAAUAUGUGCUCUACAGUAACGAGGGCGAGGAUGAGCCGACAAAAUAUGGCCCUAGCACUAUUGUGCCAACAGGAGAGCACAUAGUAGAGCUGGCAGAAGUCACUGUUGUGAGCUCAAAAGCUCCAGUGAUGUCAAACUUAUCGCUGAAUGAGGAAGAUCAGGCAGAAACAAUGCCCUAUCAAGUCAUGGAAGUCAAAACUGCUUCUUCUGUGGAACUAUACGACCUCUCAAACUUCCUCAACGUAGAGUUGUCUGAUUACCCUGCUGAGGUCCCUGCAAUUCCUGAUGUAAGAGAACAAUGACCUAGUGUGCUGUAUAAUCAGGGUGUAAAUGGGCGGUAGCACUGUUGAACUGAUCGUAGAUUACAUUGUACAUAGAAAUGCUGCAUGUAUUGUUUUUGUUUCAUUUUUCUCCAUUCAGGCAUGUUCAUUCUUUUUGGGUUAAAGGAGAGCUAAACUGAUACAUCAACUGAAGGUGUCAACGGAAUAUGCAAUAUCGAUAGAAGUGGAAGCAACAUAUUUCACAGAUUUGCUAUUGCUGAUGAGGCAGGCGUCUGUUGAACGUGAUUUGUGUACUGAUCUUAUAGAAUGUUCACGUGUAUAUUUUGCUUGAUUGUACUGAAAUAUGGAUCUACUGUAGAUACAUUCAGAGCUCAAAUGGUUCUUUCCUGAGUGGAAUGAUGGGUUCCUUUUUUU